AGUCUCUCCAGAAGCUCCCCAGCGCCCUACCUAGCCCUCUUAUCCCGGUUCUCCUCUCGGUUCUCCGAGGUGCUUGGGGAUCCGCCCCUUUCUCCUCUCUCAUUUCUCCCUCCGGGGUGGCAUUAAGGAUGAUGGAGAGCUGCCUGGGAGAGGAGUCUGUCCAGAUGUGGGAGCUCAAUCGGAGGCUAGAGGUUUAUCUGUCUCGGGUCAAGUCUCUGGAGGAGCAAAACGAGAGGCUUCGGCUGGAGAUCGGGAGCCUCCGGGAGCUACCUGGAGAGCCGUCUUGGAGAAGCCGGGCGGAGGAGGAGCUGAAUGCUCUGCGGGCCCUUCUGGAGCAGCGCUGGAGCGAGAAGCAUGCUGCCGAAGUGGCCAGGGACAAUCUUCUGGAGGAGGUAGAAGGGGUGGCAAACCGAUGCCAGCAGCAGCGGUUAGCCCGGGAGCGGGCUAAGGAGCAGCUGGUCGAGAGCCGCCGGGUGCUGGAGGCCGAGAAGUGGGCGGGGGUGUGUCUGGGGAACCAGGCGGCCGAGCUGGAGAAGGAGCUCGAGGCCUUGGUGGCUGCACAUGAGCAGGAGCGGGCAGGAAUGAGCGCUCAGGUGGCCCGCUCCGCAAUGAGCCUGGAGACAUUUCGCAGGGCUCCAGAUAAUGCCCCUGCCCCCGACGUCCAAGACCUAGCCCGCACGUUCGGGGAGGCAUGGAGGGGCGCGGUGGAAGGCUACCAGGCGCGCGUGGCCUGCAUGGAGGCCUCCCUGGGACAGGCCCGGGAGAGGCUGGGCCAGGUAAUGCAAGGGAGCCGAGAGGGAGAACGAGAGGCGCAGCGGCUGGACGUUGAGAGGGCAGCGCUCCAGGGCCGUCGAGAGAUGCUGGAGCAGAGAUUGGAAGGGCAGUGGCAGGAGCAACAGGAAGCGGGGGAAAAGUUCCAGCUGGCUGUGGAGGCUUUGGAACAGGAGAAACAGGAUCUCCAUAACCAGAUUGCUCAGGUGCUAGAAGAUCGACAACAGUUGAUGCAUCUGAAAAUGUCACUUAGCCUGGAAGUGGCUACGUAUAGGACCCUCCUGGAGGCUGAGAGUUCCCGGCUGCAUACAUCCAAUAUAGACUCAAAGGCCUUUGUCAUUUUCCCCGACCCCAAGGUGGAGUUGUGUAUCCCUGUGACACCUGAGAUUCGACGUCCAGGACCCUGGCCUCCUGUCCUGAGCCCCACAACCCUUCCUAUGGUGGAUACACCUAGGACCCCAAUGCCUACAUUUCUGAAGAGUCAAGGAUUCCUCCCAACCCAGACACCCACCUUGGCCAGCACCCCUAUCCCACCCAUUUCCCAAGCUUACCACUCAGGCACUAGGAGGGAAGUCCAAGCCCAGGUGGCACCCUCCUACCUUCUCCAAGGGCCAUCUUUUGAUGGACCCAAACCAAAGGAGAGUGAGCAUCUGACUGCUCCAAAGCUCCCAUGGGCCAAAGCCAAGGUAGGCAUUGGGGUGGAUAGUAGCCCAGGGCCUGAAAAGCCAGGGGUUGAGAAACAACAGGUUCCCAGCUUUCCCUGUCCAGAUGAGCUAAUAGAGCAAGAUGGAAAAAUUGUCUUAGCAACCGACUCUGGUGUUGACUCCAAAGAGACCAAAGACUGUGAGAAAGAGAAUGAAAAGCUCAGUGACUUUAAUAGUCCCCAGGCCCCAGGUACAGAGCCUAAUAAAUACCAAAAGGAGGAAAAAGAAAUCCAGGGCAUGGCAGAGGAGGAAGAAGAAGCUAAAGAGACAAUUGUAGAAAGUUUGGAAGGUGAGACAUGGCAAAAGGGAAGGGCCCUAGACAGGAAGGAGAUCCAGGAGAACCUGAGCCUGCCAGAUAAGAUCCAGGAAACAACUGAGAUUUCAGAGGAGAAGUUUCCGGAGACAGUCAGGAUUCUGAGUGGAGAGCUCGAGGAAACUCUGAAGCUGCCAGGUGAGGAGCUCCAGGAGGCCCAGAAGCUGCCAAGUGAGAAAUUCCAGGAGAUCCAGAUACUUCUAGGUGAGGAGAUCCAGGAGGCCCAGAAGCUGCCUGUUGAGGAGACCCAGGAGGCCCAGAAGCUGCCAAGUGAGAAAUUCCAAGAGAUCCAGAUACUUCCAGGUGAGGAGAUCCAGGAGGCCCAGAAGCUACCGGGUGAGGAUUUCCAGGAGGUCCAGAUUCUUCCAGGUGAGAAGAUCCAGGAGGUCCAGAAGCUGCCAAGUGAGGAGAUCCAGGAGGUCCAGAAGUUGUCAAGUGAGGAGAUCCAGAAGCUGCCAAGUGAGGAGAUCCAGGAGGUCCAGAAGCUGUCAAGUGAGGAGGUCCAAAAGUUGCCAAGUGAGGAGAUUGAGGAGGCCCAGAAGCUGCCAGAUCAGGAGAUCCAGGAAGCCCAGAAGCUGCCAAGUGAGGAAUUCCAGGAAAUCCAGAUUCUUCCAGGUGAGGAGAUCCAGGGGAUCCAGAAGCUGCCAAAUGAGAAGUUCCAGGAGGCCCAGAAAUUGCCAGGUGAAGAAUUCCAGAAAAUCCAGAUUCUUCCAGGAGAGGAGAUCCAGGAGGCCCAGGAGCUGCUAAGUGAAGAAUUCCAGGAGAGCCAGAUUCUUCCAAAUGAGGAGUUCCAGAAGACAUGGAGGUCUCUAGGAGAGGAGAAUGGAGAGAUAUUGAGCUUCCUAAAAGAAGGCAAGCUGGAGAGAGAGGAGAACCAGGACUCACUAAGCUCUCCAGAAGAGAACAAACAGGAGACAAUUAGUUCUCUAGAAGGAGUGCUCCAGAGAAAGGAGAAUCAGGAGUCUCUAGAAUUUCCAGAAGACAAUCAGGAGAUGGUGAGCUUUCCAGAAGAAAACCUGGAGAGGGAGGACAACCAGGAGACAGCUGGAUCUCCAGAAGAAGAAAACCAGGACAUACCAAAGCCUCUAAAAGAAGAAAUUCAGGAAAUAUUGUAUUUUUCAGAAGGGAACCAGGAGAGAGAGGAGCUACAAGAAAUGUUAGCUUUGCCAGAAAAAGAAAUGCAGGAGACAUUAAAAUCUCUGGAUGAGAGUAAUUUGGAGAUGGAGGAGGACCAGGAGGUUCCAGAAGAGGGAAAAGGAUACUUGGAGAGGAAGGAGAACCAGGAAACAUUGCAAUGUCUGGAAGUACAAAGCCUGGAUCUGGCUAGCAUAGAUGUAGCUAGCAUGGAUAAGGAGCACUCCAGUGGAGAAGAUGAAAAAGCUGCAUGUGAGUUUGGGAAAGAUCAUGAGGAAAUUGCAAUGUUGAAACCAGGUGAACAAAGUGGUGUGGAAGGGAAUUGGGAAGUUGUAGAGGGGACAGGAUUGAAGUACGGUGACCCAGCUGAAUCCUGGCAAGCUGAAGAAGAGGAACUGGGCAGCCAGGAAUCUGAAGAGCAGAAAUUACCAUCAAAGGAAACAAUUGAAGAGGGGAUGACUGAGGGCCCCCAGAUGGAAUUCAGGGAGGUAGCAUCACUGGAACACGGAGCAGUAACUGAGUAUAUAUUAAAGGAGGAUGGAGCCUUCAGGGAAAGUGAUGGAGUAACCCUGGGGGAUAAUGGAUCCAUUACAGGACUAGAACCAUCAGAAAGAAAAGAGGUGAGAAAUCAAGAAUGUCUGGAAAAGGAGAUCUUGGAAUCAGAGAAAUGGGAAGAGGGGUCAUCAGAGCCACACUACAGGGAAAUGAUUUUGACUUCAGCAGAGCAAUUUGAAAAAAAGACUGGAAAGGAUGUGCAGGAAACAGAUGAGCAGUUCAACAAGUUGCUUAUGGAGAAUGGAACUCAUGCUCAUUUAGAGGCCCCAGAAAUAUUGAAGGAACCAGAGCAGGAGGAGGAGUCUUUAGGAAUGGGAGAAGACCCUGGAUCCCCUUCAGAUACCCUUUCUGCAGAAACCACAAUAGACAACACUGCAGAUGGCAAGGGUACUACUACUCAGUCUGGUCUCAUGGGCCAUGUUUCCUCCCAAGAGGAAAUAAAAGAAGAGAUAGGAGCUUCAGAAAAUCCCCAGAGUUCCCAAGUUGAGGGAGACCCACAGCAAAUGCCACAGCCCUUCAGCUCCCUACCCAAAGAUUCCUUGGAGUCCCCCUUUAGGGCUGAAGGCAACCAAGAGUUAUGGGAAAGCUGGGAAACGGAGGAAAGAACAAGGGCCAAUGAGCAGCUGGUCAGGGAAAUAGAGAAGGUUGAUGGCCAAGACAACUCAGCAGUCUUUCAAGAGGAGGUGGAAGAGAGUGAGGAGGAUGAUCUGAGUGAGACUCUCCCAGACUCCACACCCUUGGGCCUUUAUUCGAGGGAUGGAGACUCACCUAGCUGGGGGAUCAUUAAAAAGGAAAAGCCUUCUCUUCAAGAGGAGCAUCAGAAUGCUGUUUGGGAUCCUUCUCCCAGCCAUGCCAAAACCAGUAAUGUUCAGCCUUGUGAGGGAGAGGAGGAUGAGGAAGGAGCUGCUGAUUGCGAAGAAUUUGAGGACCUUGCUGCUGAUGCUUCCUUUUUCCCUAAGGGUUCUGGGGGACUAGUGGAGACUGAGGGGCAUGGGUCAGAAAUGGUACUAAACCCUCCUACUUGGGAUCGGGAUGGAGAGUCUGAUGGGUUUGCAGAUGAAGAAGAAAGUGGGGAGGAGGAAGAAGAAGGUGACGAUGAGGAUGAGGAUGAUGAUGAUGACGACGACAGUGAUGGGAGAGGUGAGGGCCUUAGGCACUGGAAGCUUGGUCCCUCUUUGGGAAGUCCAGUGACCUACCAUCAGGAAGAUGAACCCUUUGAGAACAUGGACAGAAAUGCUGAUGCCCCCCUAGAUACUGAAGAGAGAGAGGGAAUAGAAAAUCCCUCUCCUGAAGUUCUGGAGGUUGAAAAAGAGAUUAAGCCCUCAGGCAGACCAAAGUCCCUGGACAGCGAUAUGCAAUCAGACUCCGAAGGAGAGCAUUCUCAUGUAACUGAAGAUAGGGGAGACUCAGACCUUGAGGAGGAGCUAGAGACUCCCCUACCACAAAAUCAAGGCCCUUUAGGAGUGAGUGACCUGACCCCUUUGGAUAAGGAGGGCCAAGUCACAGAUGGUGACCUGAUAGAAAUACCCUGUAAAGUGGAUGACAGUGUCAGGAAAUCUGGCGCUAGCCUCAAUGGUGGGGGACUCAGCCUUAACCAAUCAGAUGACAUCAGGGCAGAAAUAUUGAAUGGGUUGGGGAAGCUUGAGGAAGCAGGUCAGGGAAAGCUAUGGGACCUGGAGAGAGAGGGAGGUGAAGGGAAAGCCGCGGGGGAGGAGCUCUCUUCCCAGACUCUAUGGAGUGGAGGCCCCCUCAUCCUGGAGCAGAGACCAUUCCUGAAGUUCACUCAGAACAAGGAAGAGGAUAGAGAUUCUUGGUCCUCUGGGGAUGAGUAGAAAGGGAUCUCUCUUCUCUCUUCUAGUUCUGGGAAGGGGACAUGAAAAUGGUAACAAUCCUCACCCCACAUUUCCUUCAAGCAGGGUAUCUUAGUCUUGACAUGACUCAUGACUUAAUUUCAGUGUUUUGACCCUUACGGUCAGGAGGUGGGUUGGAGAAAAGGGAUUUCCCCAGAAUGAAAGCUCUGGGGAAAAAAAUCAAUUCAGUCCCUCCCUCCCUUGGAAAAGUGGUAUAGGAGUAUCUUCUUCCAUCUCUUUUCUGAAAUUUGGACCAGAUCCUGGUCACCACAGAUCUCCCUAGGUCCCUCACUGUGGUCAUUCCCUCACUCCCUCCAAAACUCUCUUUUUCAAAAAGGGGAGACGAGGGGCAUUCCCUACUUUGAGUGCAGUGGAAGUGGAAGAGUCACCAGGGAAAGUUAGGGGACAGAGUUUUAACUCUUGAGCUAGUAGUGACAGCAUCUGAGGUUCUGCCUUUAUUCAGUCUGGCAGUGGGGGAGGGGAGGAGGAUGGGGGAUGUCCCUUCAUUGUUAACCCUCUUGUUAGAGGAGGGACCAUCAAGCAUUUUAAUAUGCUCAGCCUGAACCCUUACCCCUUCCGCUUCUAUGGUAUCUAGGUUGGUUUUGUGAAUAAAGUGAUCACAGCCACCACCA